AUGAUAAAUAGGUGUAAGUAUUUAUUUAUUUGUUAUGCAAUCACAUCUGGAAUUGCAAAGCGAACUAUUAUUUGCAGAAUAGGAAUAAAAGAUUUUUAGAUAUUGAGUUAUCUAAAUAUCAUAGAUUAUCUAAAGGUAAAUUAUAUUCAAAAAAAAUACAGUAAUAUAUUUAAAUUAUAGUAAUAGAAGAUAAGGAAAUUAAAAAUUGGAUUUAACAAUCAACAACUAGCGAGUUAAUAAAAAAACAGAAAAGACAAUACACUGAAAAAUAAUAUUUAUAAAAAUACAGAUAUUUUAAUGUUUUAAGUAGGAGGAACUAUUGGUGACUAUGAAUUCACUUGUUAUUAUAAGGUGGAUAGAUAAAUGAAUAGAGAAAUGAUAUCUAUUUUAAUAUUAUAGAUUAAAUUUACUUAUUUGUUAACACUGAAUAAUAACAGAACCAGAAUAAAAGAUAUUAGGGCUGAUCUAAUAAUAUUUAUAUAUCUAUAACUGAAUUGUAAAUUCCAUAAAGAGACAAAAUGA